CACCAACAAGAAGGAUAACUUGAAACGCUCUUGACCCCUUCACUUUCAAUUGCUUGACUGCACUACAAGCAAGCAGAAUGUCGGGGGCUUCAGUGAAGGUGGCUGUUCGGGUCCGGCCCUUCAAUUCCCGAGAAACCAGCAAAGAAUCCAAAUGUAUCAUCCAGAUGCAAGGCAAUUCAACCAGUAUUAUCAACCCAAAGAAUCCUAAGGAAGCACCAAAGUCCUUCAGCUUUGACUACUCUUAUUGGUCCCACACAUCGCCUGAAGAUCCCUGCUUUGCGUCUCAGAGCCGUGUGUACAAUGAUAUUGGGAAGGAGAUGUUGCUGCAUGCCUUUGAGGGCUACAAUGUAUGCAUUUUUGCCUAUGGACAAACUGGAGCUGGGAAAUCCUACACAAUGAUGGGCAAGCAGGAGGAGAGCCAAGCAGGCAUAAUCCCUCAGCUAUGUGAAGAACUGUUUGAGAAAAUCAAUGACAACAGCAAUGAAGAAAUGUCAUAUUCUGUAGAGGUGAGUUAUAUGGAGAUAUACUGUGAAAGAGUCAGAGACUUGUUGAACCCGAAGAACAAAGGGAAUUUGCGAGUGCGAGAACAUCCUCUGCUUGGACCAUAUGUGGAAGAUCUGUCCAAGUUAGCAGUCACGUCUUAUACAGACAUUGCAGACCUCAUGGAUGCUGGGAACAAAGCCAGGACUGUGGCAGCUACCAACAUGAAUGAAACCAGCAGCCGCUCUCAUGCUGUGUUUACAAUUGUCUUUACUCAGAAGAAACAUGACACAGAAACUAAUCUUUCCACAGAGAAGGUCAGCAAGAUUAGCCUUGUGGAUCUAGCUGGGAGUGAGCGAGCUGAUUCAACUGGUGCCAAAGGAACCCGAUUAAAGGAAGGAGCAAAUAUAAACAAGUCUCUCACAACUCUGGGCAAAGUUAUUUCAGCAUUGGCCGAAGUGAGUAAAAAAAAGAAGAAGACAGACUUUAUACCGUACAGGGAUUCUGUACUGACAUGGCUUCUUCGAGAAAAUCUAGGCGGUAACUCCAGAACUGCGAUGGUUGCUGCUUUGAGUCCAGCAGACAUAAACUAUGAUGAAACUUUGAGCACUUUAAGAUAUGCUGAUCGUGCAAAGCAGAUUAAAUGCAAUGCGGUUAUCAAUGAAGAUCCCAAUGCCAAGCUGGUGCGUGAGCUGAAGGAGGAGGUGACAAGGCUUAAGGAUCUCCUGCGUGCCCAGGGGCUGGGAGAUAUUAUUGACACCUCCAUGGGGUCCCUCACUGCAUCUCCAUCUUCCUGCUCUCUCAGUAGUCAGGUGGGCUUAACAUCUGUGUCCAGUAUACAGGAAAGAAUCAUGUCAACACCUGGAGGAGAAGAGGCAAUUGAACGUUUGAAGGAAUCUGAGAAGAUCAUUGCAGAGCUGAAUGAAACAUGGGAAGAGAAGCUGAGGAAAACUGAGGCCAUUAGGAUGGAAAGGGAGGCAUUGUUGGCAGAAAUGGGAGUUGCCAUUCGGGAAGAUGGAGGAACACUGGGAGUCUUCUCACCUAAAAAGACUCCUCAUCUUGUAAACCUUAAUGAAGAUCCACUCAUGUCUGAAUGUCUGCUUUACUACAUCAAAGAUGGUAUUACUAGGGUUGGCCAAGCUGAUGCUGAGCGAAGGCAAGACAUUGUACUAAGUGGGGCUCAUAUCAAAGAAGAACACUGUAUCUUUCGAAGUGAGAGGAACAACAAUGGUGAAGUUAUUGUUACUUUGGAGCCUUGUGAACGAUCAGAAACCUAUGUUAAUGGCAAGAGGGUUGUACAGCCCGUGCAGCUGCGCUCAGGAAAUCGUAUCAUCAUGGGUAAAAAUCAUGUCUUCAGAUUCAACCAUCCAGAGCAAGCUCGAGCAGAAAGAGAGAAGACGCCAUCAGCUGAGACUCCCUCUGAGCCAGUUGACUGGACAUUUGCUCAGAGGGAGCUUCUGGAGAAGCAGGGCAUUGACAUGAAGCAGGAGAUGGAGAAAAGGUUACAAGAAAUGGAGAUUUUGUAUAAGAAGGAGAAGGAGGAAGCUGAUCUCUUGUUGGAGCAGCAAAGGCUGGACUAUGAGAGUAAGCUGCAGGCCUUACAGAAGCAGGUAGAGACCCGAUCCUUGGCAGCUGAAACAACAGAGGAGGAAGAAGAGGAGGAAGAAGUGCCCUGGACACGACAUGAGUAUGAACUCGCACAAUGGGCUUUCAGGAAGUGGAAAUUUCACCAGUUUACUUCACUGAGGGACCAACUCUGGGGAAAUGCAGUAUACCUGAAAGAAGCCAAUGCAAUCAGUGUAGAGCUAAAGAAGAAGGUGCAGUUUCAGUUUGUCCUGCUGACAGACACCCUCUACUCACCACUACCACCAGAGCUUUUGCCCACUGAGUUGGAGAAGACCCGGGACAAUAGGCCUUUCCCCCGUACAGUGGUAGCUGUGGAAGUCCAGGAUCUGAAGAAUGGAGCAACACAUUACUGGUCCUUAGAAAAACUCAAGCAAAGGUUGGACCUGAUGCGCGAGAUGUAUGACAGGGCUGGGGAAAUGGCAUCUAACACUCAGGAUGAGAGUGAAAGCACAAUGACAGGCAGUGACCCCUUUUAUGAUCGAUUUCAUUGGUUCAAGCUGGUUGGAAGAGCAUUUGUAUACCUGAGCAAUCUACUGUACCCGGUGCCACUUAUUCACAGAGUAGCUGUUGUUAGUGAGAAAGGAGAAGUACGAGGAUUUCUGCGAGUAGCAGUGCAAGCCAUAGCAGCUGAUGAUGAAGCCCCAGAUUAUGGAUCUGGUAUUCGACAGUCUGGCACAGCUAAAAUUUCAUUUGACAAUGAAUAUUUUGAUAAGAGUGAUUUUUCUUCAGUUGCAAUGACUCGAUCUGGACUGUCAUUGGAAGAAUUAAGAAUUGUAGAAGGGCAAGGACAGAAUUCAGAGGUUACCACUCCUCCAGAGGAGAUCAACAGAAUGAAUGAGCUAGACUUGAAGUCAGCCACUUUGGAUGGAAAGAUGACUAUGGAAGGAUUUACUGAGGAAAUUGGUGAUCACUUGAAACUGGGUAGCGUGUUUACCUUCCGUGUGACAGUGCUACAGGCCAGUGGCAUCCUUCCUGAAUAUGCAGAUAUUUUCUGCCAGUUCAACUUUUUACAUCGGCACGAUGAAGCUUUCUCAACAGAACCUCUCAAAAACAAUGGUCGGGGGACUCCCCUUGGGUUUUACCAUGUUCAGAAUAUUGCUGUGGAAGUGACAGAAUCAUUUGUGGAGUACAUCAAAACAAAGCCUAUUGUGUUUGAAGUCUUUGGACAUUAUCAGCAGCAUCCUCUCCAUCUGCAAGGGCAGGAUCUCAACAGCCCUCCACAGCCUUCCCGAAGAUUCUUUCCUCCCCCUAUGCCGCUCUCAAAGCCAGUGCCAGCUACAAAGCUAAAUACUAUGAGCAAACCCAGCUUGGGCCAGAGUGUGAGCAAAUACGACCUCCUUGUGUGGUUUGAGAUCAGCGAAUUGGAGCCAACAGGGGAGUAUAUUCCUGCUAUUGUGGACCACACUGGAGGCCUGCCCUGUCAGGGGACGUUCCUGCUUCACCAGGGAAUCCAGCGUAGAAUUACAGUCACCAUUAUCCAUGAGAAGGGCAGUGAGUUGCACUGGAAAGAUGUGCGAGAGCUGGUUGUUGGACGUAUAAGAAAUAAAGCAGAGGUAGAUGAAGCUGCUGUGGACGCUAUUCUGUCUUUGAAUAUUAUCUCUGCAAAAUACCUGAAGUCCUCUCACAGCUCCAAUAGGACUUUCUAUCGGUUUGAAGCAGUUUGGGAUAGCUCUUUGCAUAACUCCCUUCUCCUCAAUCGAGUGACACCAUAUGGAGAGAAGAUAUAUAUGACCCUUUCUGCUUACCUCGAGCUUGACCACUGCAUCCAGCCGGCUGUUAUAACAAAGGAUGUUUGCAUGGUCUUUUACUCACGAGAUGCCAAGAUCUCCCCACCGCGAUCCCUGCGCAGUCUGUUUGGAAGUGGCUACUCCAAAUCUCCAGAUUCCAAUCGAGUAACCGGGAUCUAUGAACUAAGUUUAUGCAAAAUGGCAGACACAGGAAGUCCAGGAAUGCAGAGGAGGAGGAGAAAAGUCCUGGAUACAUCUGUGGCAUAUGUGCGAGGGGAAGAGAACCUGGCAGGUUGGAGGCCCAGGGGUGACAGUCUCAUUCUAGAGCAUCAGUGGGAAUUGGAGAAACUGGAGCUGCUGCAUGAGGUGGAAAAAACCAGACAUUUCCUUCUGCUUCGUGAAAAGCUUGGUGACAGCAUCCCCAAGUCCCUGAGUGACUCAUUGUCUCCCAGUCUGAGCAGUGGAACCCUCAGUACCUCCACCAGCAUUUCCUCACAAAUUUCGACUACAACGUUUGAGAGUGCUGUGACGCCCAGCGAGAGCAGUGGCUAUGACUCAGCAGAUAUAGAGAGCCUGGUGGAUCGGGAGAAAGAGCUGGCUACCAAGUGUCUGCAGCUUCUUACUCACACUUUCAACCGGGAAUUUAGCCAGGUGUACAACAGCAUCAGUGAUUGUAAGUUGUCGGAUAUUUCUCCAAUUGGGCGGGACCCAUCAGUGUCGAGUUUCAGCAGUGCUACCCUCACACCUUCAUCUACCUGCCCGUCUCUGGUGGAUUCAAGAUGCAAUUCAAUUGAUCAGAAGACACCAGAAGCAAAUUCUCGUGCCUCCAGUCCCUGUCAUGAGGUGGAACAGUUCCAGCUAAUGCCUACAGUAGAAACUUCCUAUCUUGCCAGAGCUGGAAAGAAUGAAUUCCUAAACCUCGUUCCUGAUAUUGAGGAAAUCAGACCAGGCUCUGUGGUCUCAAAGAAAGGAUACCUCCACUUCAAGGAGCCACUCUCCAGUUCCUGGGCCAAGCACUUUGUGGUGGUUCGCCGUCCCUACGUUUUUAUUUACAAUAGUGACAAAGAUCCUGUAGAAAGAGGAAUCAUAAACUUAUCCACAGCUCAGGUGGAAUACAGCGAGGAUCAACAGGCAAUGGUAAAGACACCCAACACAUUUGGCGUGUGCACAAAGCAUCGUGGAGUCCUGCUCCAGGCCAUCAACGACAAAGACAUGAAUGACUGGUUAUAUGCCUUCAAUCCACUUCUUGCUGGCACCAUACGGUCAAAACUGGCUCGAAGACGCACGGGCCAGCUGAAGUACUGAGUCCAUGUAAUGUUCUCAUCUGUUCUAACUCACCUUCUGAUAGAUAAAGUGUUACCUCUCAUUUUCUCUUUGUGAUUCUUGACAGUUUCUCUUGUAUGUAAUCCUGUGGCUUAACAUCCCUUACCUUCCCAACUCCUUCAGCACAUUUUCUAGGUAUUCUAAUCCUACCCUGUUUCUUUUCACUUGUACCGAGAAUCGUACUAGUAGCAUGUGGCCAAACAAAAAGAAAGAAAAAAAAAAAAAAUCAAAAAAAAAUUGAG